UAGGAGUCAUUCUUUCGUGGAAUGUCUGAGAAAAUGCCUUGUUCUAAAUAUAUAGUAGCUGCUCUUUUCUUUGCAGUUUUACUUCAGGGAUCAUUAUCAAAUGCCCAACUGAGUCCAACAUUUUACGAUGAAACAUGUCCAAAUGUGACAAACAUCAUCAGAGAUGUCCUUAUGAACGCUUCACUGUCAGACCCUAGGAUUGGUGCCAGUCUUAUCAGGCUUCACUUCCAUGAUUGCUUUGUUCAAGGAUGUGAUGCAUCCAUUUUGUUGGACGAUCCUGCGAACGGUGAGAAAGAAGCUCUUCCAAAUAAUAAUUCAGCAAGAGGUUAUGAAGUUGUUGAUGCCAUGAAGGCUGUCUUGGAGAGUGCUUGCCCCAACACAGUUUCCUGCGCUGAUAUUCUCGCCAUUGCAUCUGAAGAAUCUGUAUGCCUGGCAGGAGGCCCUUCAUGGGCAGUUCCAUUAGGAAGAAGGGAUGGCUUAACAGCAAAUCGGACACUCGCCAACUCAAACUUGCCAGGUUUCAAUGAAUCCCUUGAAGCAAUCAAAUCCAAGUUUACGGCAGUGGGGCUUGACACCAGCACUGAUGUAGUAGCGUUGUCUGGUGCUCACACUUUUGGCCGUGCCCAGUGUUUUACUUUUACAAGUCGAUUGUACAAUUUUACCGGCGAGGGAGACACAGAUCCAACCCUGAAUACCACAUACUUGGAGGCACUAAGCCAAAUAUGCCCUCAAGGUGGAAAUGGUAGUGUUUUGACAGAUCUUGAUCCCACAACACCUGAUGCUUUUGACAGUAACUACUUCACCAAUCUGCAAGUUAAUCGAGGCCUGCUUCGAAGUGAUCAACAGCUGUUUUCGACUGAAGGUGCUGAUACCAUUGAAAUCGUCAACAGGUUUGCUGCUAAUCAAACAGCCUUCUUUGAAAGCUUUGUGGAAUCUAUGAUCAGAAUGGGAAAUAUCAGCCUGUUAACUGGUACGGCCGGAGAAAUCAGAACGAAUUGCCGCGCAGUGAAUGCAGCCACGAUCAGAUCGUAUUCAGAUGAUGUUCUCGUCAGCUCGAUAUAAAUUAUGGAGUUCAAGGCCAAGAAUAAAAUGUAGAAGGGAAGCUAUGUUGUAAUACUCUAAAUUUUUAUGGUAACAAAAUUGGAAAUUUGGAACAACCAUGUAUCAAGUAAAGUAACUUAUUUGAAAAUAAUAUAAAUCAAGUUUUAAGUACCGAACUUUUAUAAAUAGGGCAGGGUACCCUGAAUUUUCAAAAGCAAACAAGCUAUUGUUAUGGACAUAAAAUCUCAAAGUAUGAAAUACCAAUUGUUGGGAGUGGUUUCCUAACGCCACCAUCCACUUUGAUCAU